AACCCAAAACCUCAAAGAAAAAAAACGCACACAGACAAAACCUCGCAAAGCUCUCAGCCACUAGAAAAGAUCAAAACAUUCGAAAUUUGUAUGCAAUGGGAACAACUGCAAAAGUUCUCUCUUUCUCUCUCCUAUCUUUGCCCAAACGCUUCUCCUUCAACCGACCUAUUUACCUCUCAAUACCGUUAAAUGUUUACACAACUCCCUAUAGGGUGGAUUUCCACAGAUUCCGGCCACUCUGCACCGCCGCCGCCACCGCCACAAUACCAGAAAUCGAUGAAACCGAAACACUGCAGCCGAUAAAGCAUUCAAUUCUAUUGGAAAGGCUCAGGCAGAGGCACCUUAAGGAUUCUGCCCAAACUUUUUCGAAGUCGGUUGCCGCGAAUCCAUCAUCAUUGAGCGGCUCGAAGAAAGGUAAAAAUGGCGAAAUCGAGGGUUCUAGAAGGAACAAGGGCGGCGCGGCUGAUGCGGAUUCGAGUUUUGAGGAAUUGGGGUUGAGUGAGGAGGUGAUUGGGGCUUUAGUGGAAAUGGGGAUUUCAGUCCCAACUGAGAUUCAGUGCAUCGGUAUGCCUGCCGUGCUUAACGGGAAGAGUGUUGUGUUGGGGUCCCACACUGGUUCCGGCAAGACUCUUGCUUAUCUUUUACCCCUUGUUCAGUUGCUGAGAAGGGAUGAAGAGUUACAUGGUAUGCUUAUGAAGCCUAGACGCCCUCGUGCUGUUGUAUUAUGUCCGACAAGGGAGCUGUGUGAGCAGGUGUUCCAUGUUGCCAAAUCCAUCAGUCACCAUGCACGAUUCAGAUCAACCAUGGUAAGUGGUGGUGGGCGUAUAAGACCCCAGGAAGAUUCCUUGAACAGCCCAAUUGACAUGGUUGUAGGAACUCCUGGGCGGGUCCUACAACAUAUUGAAGAGGGGAAUAUGGUUUACGGUGACAUCAGAUACUUGGUAUUGGAUGAGGCAGACACCAUGUUUGACCGCGGCUUUGGCCCAGACAUACAUAAAUUUCUUGCACCGUUGAAAAACCGUGCAUCUAAACCUGAUGGUCUAGAAUUUCAAACUGUAUUGGUCACUGCAACAAUGACAAAGCCUGUGCAGAAGCUGGUUGAUGAUGAAUUUCAAGGAAUUAUUCAUUUGCGCACUUCUUCACUCCAUAAGAAAAUUGCGAACGCUCGCCAUGAUUUUAUCAAACUUUCAGGUUCAGAAAAUAAGCUGGAAGCCUUGUUGCAGGUUCUUGAGCCAAGUUUAGCAAAAGGAAACAGAGUGAUGGUUUUCUGUAACACGUUAAAUUCUAGUCGAGCUGUGGAUCACUUUUUAAGUGAAAACCAAAUCCUUACUGUCAAUUAUCAUGGAGAGGUGCCAGCUGAACAAAGGGUUGAGAACCUGGAAAAAUUUAAGAGUAAUGAAGGAGACUGCCCCACUUUAGUCUGUACGGACUUGGCUGCAAGGGGUUUGGACUUAGAUGUUGACCAUGUUAUCAUGUUUGACUUUCCUUCAAACUCUAUUGAUUACCUUCAUCGCACUGGAAGAACCGCUCGUAUGGGUGCAAAAGGGAAGGUGACAAGUUUGGUUGCUAGAAAGAACACGAACUUGGCCGCUCUCAUCGAAGAGGCUCUUAUGAAGAACGAGAGCUUGGAAUCAAUCUCCGUAGAUAGUAUCAAAAGGGAUCUUGCUAGGUCCCACAUAAGCGAGCAAAAGGACAAAAACGAGAGGAUGGUUAAAGGUUCCAAUUCAAGAAACAAGCCUGCUACUAAUUCUGCUGCACCAACAAAAUCAUCAUAUGAACCCCGUGGCAAAUCAUCAUACGAACCCCGUGGCAAAUCAUCAUACGAACCCCGUGGCAAAUCAUCAUACGAACCCCGAGGCAAAUCAACAGUCUCCAAGAAAAGAACCUCAGUAGCCAAAUCUGACAAAUCUGCCCCUUUCGUUCUCAAGUCUAAGAAGAAGGUUGUUAAAGAUUUCAAACCAUCCAAGCCUUAUGGCACUAGCACCAAGAGUAAAUCGGGACCCGCCCGAAAAUCCGAGGCUGUUAAAUCCACAUCGAAGCUAAGUGUUGUUGGAUUUAGGGGCCGUAGUGCAGUGAAGACUGGUUAACAACAAACAACUAAUACUUGUUUUAUGAAAGCUUUUUAUUAGUUUUUCAACCUAUAUUAUUAUUUUUUUCGCUUUCUUUCCGUUUUUAACCCUGUAAAAACAUUGAUAUUAGGCAUAUUUCUUGCUGAAACAGUAUUAUAUCAUUGAUCAUCUUUCUUUGUUCAAA